GGGAAGAGCGAGUAUAACUUGGUGCUGUUUGGAGGGGGGAUCACGUUGAUAGAGCCCUACUGUUGCUGGUCCCAGCGCAUCUGGAAAGUCCCCCGAGGCCUCAGCUUCCCAAGGCCCAGAGACGGCGAGUCACCUCCUGCAUGACCCUUGACCACCAAGCCGUCAGCCAGGCUCUCGAGCAGCCCCGCCCCACCACGGCAGGCUGUGGCCUUCCGGUCCAGAAUGGAUGCACGAGCCCCAGCACUAGCCCUGGCCUCCUGGGAGGUCCUCUCGCCAGCUUGCUAGCUCUCGGGAACGAUGGCCGAGCGGAGUGGCAUAUGGAGGAUGUUAUUGCGGAUGUGAUCAGUGUGGAAUCAAAUUUUAAAGAGAAAGGAACAGACCCUCCUGUGCUGAUGGAAAGAACACUAUCGGGAGGUAUUUUGGAUGCGUACAAUGGCGAGCAGGACCUUUCACCAGUUAAUACAGGGCUCACAAGGGCCUCCCGUCCAGUUAGUCUGCCGAUGAAGAAAGAAAUUGCAGAAACUGACACUAGAGCGUUGGCAAAAGAAAGACAAAAAAAGGACAAUCACAAUCUCAUUGAAAGAAGAAGAAGGUAUAAUAUUAAUUACCGAAUCAAGGAGCUUGGCACCCUUAUUCCAAAGUCUAAUGAUCCUGAUACCCGCUGGAACAAAGGAACCAUUCUGAAAGCAUCCGUAGAGUACAUCAAGUGGCUACAAAAGGAGCAACAGCAAGCCCGAGUGUUAGAACACAGGCAGAAGGCGUUGGAGCAAGCUAACAGGCGCCUUCUGCUCCGCAUUCAGGAACUGGAGACACAGGCUCGUGCCCAUGGUCUGCCAUCCCUGGCUUCCCUCGGUACGGCUGAUUUAGGCACUCACCUCUCCACACAGCAGACCCCUGAGCGGAAUUCCGUGGACUAUUGCCGACAAGUGACUCCGUCUCAGGAGCCAGGGUCCAAGCUCUCUGCGCAAGCUAUGGCCUUCUCUGAUCCUCUGUCGCACUUCACCGAUUUAUCAUUUAGUGCUGCUCUGAAGGAGGAGCAGAGGCUGGAUGGCAUGCUGCUGAAUGACACAGUAUCUCCGUUUGGGACAGACCCACUGCUGUCUGCUGCUUCCCCAGCAGUCUCUAAAUCCAGCAGUAGAAGAGGUAGCUUCAGCUCAGAGGAUGGCGAUGAACUAUAAGAUGGAAGCAAGAGGCUCAGCUCCUCUGCCAGGAAGCAACGCUGUGCUGGUGCUACUCAGCUACAUCCUGCCUAUUAUGUAUUGCUUUGUUCUUCUUACAAGACCAUGUUGUGCACAAAAAGCUCGUGAGAAGCAAGAGGAACUGGCACAAAGAAGAAAAUGGUAUUGAAGAAGUAUUGGUGACUGAGUUUCAUGUUUUCCUCCUUUUCUUCAGAGUUCAUGUCUACGUUUUGUUUUUCUGGAAAGAGGUGCAGCAUGGGACAUCUCUGUUUGGUGUUCAUGGCAAAGCCGUGCCGUGACUCAGGAGCGGAGCAGCCUGGAAGGACGAGGCGACUGAACUGCACUGUGCUUCUCUUCGUCAUUCCUGUCUGUAUUCUUUAUUUGCCUCCUACCACAGGAGGUUCUCGAGAGCCACGAUCAACAGAUACGAUGGUCAUCAUCUUUUUCCAGUGUCUGGUGGACAUAUCCAAAUUUUAAGCCUUAUACAGGAAAUAAUUAGAAAAUGGACUUUUUUUGUAAUUAAAACAUGAAUUUAUCACAAACACAGGAUUUUUUUUUUACAAUAGAACAUAGAAAAUUUAUGAAAACAUUGUUUAGUAAAAUUGGAUUCUAAUUCCUUUAAUUGGAGUAGCUGUACUGAUUCUAAAAGCAUCCUUGAAUAUUUGUCUCGACAUAUUCUAUUAAGAAUAAUAAGCAAGGAUAAUUUCUUUCAGAGCAUGGUCUACAUUUAUCAUUUGACAGAAACUAUACCCAGGCAUAAGUGUACAGUGUGGCCAUAUUUAUUCUUCUAUUAUUUUUCAUUCUUAAGAUUAUCUAAUCAGUAUCAGAAGUUACAUUCUACCAGGUAAUAACUUUUAGUAAAUAAAAUAUAAAAUGUUCCCAUGCUAGGAAAAUUUGUAAUGUAUUUUAACAUUUAUUGUCUUAGCCAAUAUUUGAUACAGACUAGUUGCUCAUACAGUUCUGUUUUAAAUUGACAAAAUGUUGAAAAUUGGGUAGACAACUGACAACAAUAAUAAAACAGAAACUGUCUUCUUCAGCUGAGUGGAGGACAAAGUGCUAAGAUUCUUAGACCUGCAGUAGGACUGUGAAAUAUUGAACAGAUAGAAAGAUAAGGGUUUACUUCUUAGCAGAGGUGUGCUUAACAGGGCUAUGUGGGAAACAGCAGAAGAGGUAGGAAAUAUAGAGAACUGUAGUGUAAGCGUAAACUAACUUGGAGUAAGUACAGCGGAUAUGGAAAUGAAUGACGAGGCAGAAAGUGGAAGGCAGCCUGUCUUAUGAAGGCUUAAGGUGGGUAAAGGGGCAGUCGUACAGGAGAAUAAUACCAGCAUAUGAUCAAAAUGAUGAAUUAGGGAGGCAUCUUCAUGAGACACUCACGAGAAAGAUUCUAGAAGAGUUCUGGAAAAUACAUGGGCAACAAGUUCUAGUCAUCCUUGACACUUAGGAUGACCCAUUGUAGAAAGGAAAUAUUUCAUUUACUAGAUAUUCAAGAAUUUAAUUAUGUUACUAACUUGGCAGAUUUGUAACCUCUCAAAAUUAUUAAACUUUGGGAUGAUUUUUUAAAAGACGGUCUUAAGUUUUUCUCACAUAGAAAACGUCACAUAACGUAACAACAACAACAAAAAAACCAUGUUACAAAAUCUGAGAUUUGAAUGCUGAUAGAAGUGGAGAAAUACUAAAUCCUAUGGUAGAAUAUUUAGUUUAUCUGGUUUGCUAAAAUAUGGGAGAACUAAAAUAAUCUAAUUUUUGACAGAAAAAAAAUAACUUCUAAAAUACUCUCAAGCAGAUAGACACAUUCAUAUGAAAUGUUCUAUCUGGAGAAAAACAAUUAGGUAUAAUUCUCAGUAAGUUUCAGGAGGACAUUGUAGAUUUUAGAUUUUUAUUUUUUAAUUUAGUACAAGGUUUUCGGGGUCUCAUGUGUAGAUCA